AUGCCGCCCAAGAAGGAUGGCGGCCAGAAGGCCGAGCUCUCGCCAGAAGAGCAAGCCGAGGCGGAGCGGCUGCAACUGGAGGCGGAGCGCGACAACGUGAUGGUGGAGCUGCAGCUGAUGAAGGGGCGCAUCAAGGCGCUGAAGGCGGACAACGACCGGCUCGUGAUGGAGUCGAGCGAGCUGAAAGUGAAGCUGGCGGCAGCGACAAGCGACGCGGCGCACAUUUUAGACCACAAGCAGAGCGAGAUCGAGCGGCGCGAGGAGUCCAUCGUGCAGCUCAACGCGCGCCGGACGGAGCUCGAGGAGCAGCUCCUGCAGAAGGAGGAGCGCAUCCAGGAGCUGGAGCGCAUUCAAGGGCUGAACGAAAAGAAGCUGCGUGAAGCCGAGAAGGUGAUCGACGAGAAGCAGGAGCUCGAGGACCUCGUGAAGGAGCAGGAGAUCAUCACGACGCGGCAGCGGGACACCAUCGAGCGCAUGCAGACGCGCACGGACGAGCUCGAGGCUCAGGUGGCGGAGGCGCAGCAACGCAUCGAGGAGCUGCGGGUUCGCGUGACGAGCUCCACGGACCUCCGGAUCCUCUUCGGGGAGCCGUGGAUGGUCGCGUGCAACCGGCACCGCCUCAAGGGCCCGCUCCCGGCGGACCGCGACUUCAACACGCUCGCGUGCCUCGGCGGGAAGAUGCUGGUGGCGUACGGGGGGUCGCCGACGUGCGAGGGGCGCGAGAUGGCGUUCCUGUCCGUGGACACGAUGUUCUGGGAGAAGGCGGACGGCGUCCCGGCGAUCCGCGCGGCGCACGCGCGCGCCGGGCACUCGAUUGCGACCAUGGGGCGUACGCGCAUGUAUGUCUUCGGCGGGCGCUCCGUGCACAACGAGCUGCUGUCCGACAUCAUGCUGUUCAACUACGACACGCUGAAGUGGACGUCGCCGAUCGUGAAGGGCGCGCCGCCCUCGGCGCGCGAAGGCCACUCGAUGUGUUCUGGGCGCGACCGGAUGUACAUUUUCGGCGGCCGCGACGCCGAGGGCCUGCGGAACGACGUGUGGUGCCUGGACCACGAGACGAUGCUGUGGAGCCAGCUGUCGACGGCGGGCUCGCCGCCGAGCGCGCGCUUCGGGGCCUCCAUCUGUAUCAGUGACGACGGGCGGCGGCUGUGGCUGAUGGGCGGGAACGACGACUCGCAGUCGCUCGGGGACAUCUUCGUGCUGGAGCUCGACCGCAUGGCGUGGACGAUGCUCGGGACGCUCGGGCAGCAGCCGACGCCGCGGCACGGGCACACUGCGGCGAUUAUGGGAAGGUAUCUUGUGGUGUCGGGGGGUUGCAACCACACGGGCGGGGGGGAUCCGCGGAUGGCGCGGUGCACGGACACGUGGGUGCUCGACCUCAACAGCUACACGUGGGAGUGUCUGCACGACUCCCCCCCGAACAUGAGCGUGGCGGGGGGUACGAACCCGCGCGGAGAGCCCACACACCCCCCCAUGAAGGCCCAGGCGGUGUACACGGCGAUGGCGGGCAACAUGAUCUUCACGCUGAAGCCGAACCGCGAGGAAUGCCUCGACGAGCUCGAAGUCCUGGAGCUAUCGAUGCCAGAGGAUAUCGAGACGCUGCGCAUGCGGGCGCAGAAGGAGAACGACAUCGUGAGCAAGCUCGCGAUCAACGACCGCGCGGAGAUCUCGCCGAACUCCAUCGAGCUGUCGUGGCGCGCACCGACCAAGAACGCCGACCGGAUCAAGGAGUACAAGCUGAUGCUGGCGACUCCGACGGGGGUAGUGAAGGAGGUGUUUAAGGGCCGGUCUGACACGUAUAAGGCGACGGGGCUGCGCGUCAACCACGAGUACGUGUUCUGCGUCAAGGCGAUCUACGACGACGGGUCCUUCCUCUGGAGCGACAGCAAGGCCUUCCGCACCCACACGUGA